AUGGAGGAGAUGACGGUUCGAGGAGAAGAUUCAACCGAUAUGAUUUCUGCGAUUCCAGUGAAUGAAGAUUGUGUUGGUGAUUCAAUAAGCAAUGAUCAAGCAGAGUUAAACAUUGACAUUGAUGGCUCGUCUUCAAGUCCAGUUGAUGAAGACUUGGUGGGUGUUGUAGUAAGAAAUGUUGACGAAGCUUUUGAGUUAUAUAAUGGAUAUGCAUACAGAGUUGGUUUUAGUGUGAGGAAAGGCCAACAACGUUAUAAGGCAUCUACUAAGUCAAUUCAGAUGAAGAGGUUCUUCUGUGCUAAGGCUGGGUAUAAGCAGAAACCAAACAGUGGUGUUAAGCUUUAUUCAAAGAUUGAUAUGAGGACUGGAUGUGGUGCAUUUGUUCAAUUUGAUGUGGGGGGUGAUGGGAUGUGGACAGUUACAAAACACUUGAAAGAGCACAAUCACGAGUUAUGUUCAUUUGGCAAGAGUCAUCUGCUUCGGUCGCAUAGAAGAGUGGGAAACAAUCAGCUUGAAUAUUUAAAAGACAUGAAGAGUAGUGGUGUUGCAUUGGCGGAUGGUAUGAGGUUUUUGAAACAUCAGUCAGGGGGUUCUCCAUUGGUUGGCUUUACCAACCGCGAUGCUUACAAUUCGAUGGCUUCUGUGAGUUUGAAGUGUUUGGAUGGAUCUGAUUCCAAUUCUUUGAUUGAGAUAUUCAGGAGGAGGCAAUCUAAUGAGGCUGAUUUCUUUUUUGAUUUCGAAACUAUCAUGACGGAUCAAUGUUCAGCUAUGGCUGCUGGCAUUUCCAUGGUGUUUCCUACAUCACGCCACUGUCUUUGCAUAUGGCAUAUUGGUGAGAAUUCGAAGAAGCAUAUCAAGGCAUUGAGGAAUCAUAAGGAUUUGCUGGAUAUGUUCAAUUGUGUGUUGAAAUACACCGAGACUGAAGCUGAAUUUGAGGUUUACUGGACAAGGAUGGUUACAAAAUAUAGUUGUCAUAAGAAUACAUGGCUAGAGAAGCUUUAUGACUGUAGGGAGAAGUGGUGUCCAGCGUUCAACAAGGAUUAUUUCUCCGGGGGUAUUUUAUCUUCGCAAAGGAGUGAAAGCACAAAUCAUGCAAUUUCUAGGAGGCUGUCCAAGACUGCUGGUUUAUGUGAUUUUUAUUCAUCCUUUGUGAGUGUUAUAUCUGAAUGGAGAAGUAAGGAAAAUGGCGAGGAUUUCCGGUGUUCUCAAGGAGUACCCGCCAUGAUGAUGGAUCAUGUGAAACUCCUUUCACAUGCUAGAGAGUGCAAGUAUCACGUGUGGCGACCAGACAUAGAUAUCAUAAGGCAUGAAGUAACCUUUAAGGCAAUCAAUUUGGAUAUAUGCUGUAGUUGCAAGCUGUUUUCAGAAUUGGGAAUACUUUGCUGUCACUGCUUACGUAUACUUCAUGUGCACUGUGUUUCCAGUAUUCCCGAUAAAUACAUUCUAAAAAGAUGGACUAAAAAGGUUGUUGAGGGUAGAAACGUGGACAUUGCAUCUGUGUUUUAUAAUGGUGGUGUCCCUUCUUCAAUUUGGGCUGUUGAGAUUAGUAGGAAAUUUCAAAGGCUUAUUGUUUCUAGCCAAGAUAACAGUGUUGCUAGACAAUUCUGUGAUGAAGCCGUUGAGAAUGCAAGGAAAAACAUUGAAGCUGAGAUUGGGGAUGUGAACACUGAGGAGGGUGCUGUGUCUUCGUCAAGUGGUAUUGUCCAAGACCCCUCAAGCCGGAGGGGUAAAGGUGUGAGAAAUAAAAGGAGUAGUAGUGUUAUUGAGAAGAAGUACAAUGCAGCAAGGGGAAGAAAGAGUGCUGCAAACAAGCUUGCUUCAAUUACAAAGGGCUCUGUCCAAUCAUUGGUCUUGGAAAAUAUUUCAGAGAUUGCUCGUGAUGGAUAUCUUGUACAUCCAAGCACCGGGGGUUCACAAUUUGUUCAUUUUAAUAAGAAUGUAGACCACGAUGUAGCUAUAGAUUGA